AUGGCAGCGAGCAUGAUAGGCCACGACGAUAUGAACCUUUCUAUAUUCCAGCAGCAAGUGCAAUUCCACCACAUUCUAACCGUAGUGAAGCUAGACACCGAACUAAGGAUUGAUGGCGACGAAAUGGAGGAAGUACUCCAACCCGGAAUCACUCCAGAUGCCAUGGAGACUGGGCAAAUGGAGGCGAAACGGAAGAAUUUGGAAAAGGUUCUUGGAUAUCUGCCUAUGCAUGACCUCCUCCAUUCGCAUAGGGUAUGCCGCGACUGGAGACAUACGAUCAGCAACUCGAUAAGCCUUCAACGGGAUCUCUACUUUGCACCGAAGUGCGCGCCUGCAGAAGGAGCAGAGACUCCCACCGUCAACCCGCUUCUACUCGUCAAAUUCUCGCCGUGGUUUGUCGAACACAAGUCCCAUCCCAGCGAGGAGGAGCUAAAUUUCAUCGAGCGUGGGCGGAAGGUCAAUCAUCUCGCAAGCUUCCCAACCUUGAACCGUUGUCAGGAUGGAUUUGCCCGCCCAGAAGCGUCGUGGAGGAAGAUGCUCCUUUCACAACCGCCCAUGGCGACAGCCGGCGUGAUUUAAUGGAACAUCUUCGACACUGUGGAGGGACAGAUCACUCGUGGCUCGAACGUUCAGCGGAGCAAUCAAAUUGUCUAUUUCUGCGAGCUCUACAACAUCGCCGAGCAUCUCAUGACGACGCAGAUCACCAACGCCUCGUUUUCUUUUCAACCGUUUAUAUCGACACAGAAUGAUUUAGCAGGUCUCAUGAUCUUCAUCUAUCCGAUGUUGGGUCCGGAAUUGAUGAAGGCGUACCGGUUGAAGAAGCGAGAUUUCUUCACAAGGAAGACCGAUGGAUAUAUCCAACUUGAACAUGGCAAUCAGUUGAUUGUGGAGAAGAGGAAGGUGGACAGGGUACGGAACAGUUAGUUAUUAGAAUAAUUAUCCAAGAUAUGGUGACUCUAGUGACUGGCCUGCCGCCUUACGAAUCGGCCUGGGCGUCAAGCAAUCCCCCC